ACUGGAACGCCUAGUUUCCCCCAAGAAUCUGGAAGUGAUUGAUAUUCAUAUCGUCAUUAAGAUAAUGGAAAAGUUAUCUCUUCUGACUGAUCUUGAAGAGGAGGAAAUUUAUACAAUAUUUUCCGUCAUCUCUAACUUAGUUGAAAGUGAUAAAGAUAAACUACUGGAAUCUAUGAAUAGAAUUCAAGUGGCCAAAAGAGUUUUGGAAAUUAUAAAAAAUGUAAUCAAAUCCGCUACUGAAAACAACGCAGAGGUUCAAUUUUCGAGUAAAAACUUCAUGAUUGAAACCAAAGAGUUGACCCCAAGUGAAGACGAGAAUCCCAUAGUCGGCGCUGCUGUGUCCCGAACAACAAACGAUGAAAUUUCGGUGGAAUUCCUUUCAGCCAAUACGACUCCAUCAAAAAGCGAAUGCAUUGCCUAUUUUGUGCUUCCAAUUGAUUUUGUGAAAGACAGAGAACGGCAAAAGAUAUUCGGUGACAAAAUAACAUUUGGAUACUUUAGAGACUGGCUUCUGUUCUCCAAUCCCAAUCCAGAGAAAAGUUUGGACAUGAGGAAUUAUGAAGUACUGUCCACUCCUGUUGUGUUCGCUUCAAUGUCAGAAGGUCCAGCUGGGAAUCUCGGUCAUCCAGUUCAAUUAUAUUUUAAAGAUAUGGUCAGAGCCACAACAGAUAUGCCUGUUUGUGUAUAUUAUGAUCCAUAUCUGGAAGACAUUAAUGGCGGUUGGAGUGCCGAAGGCUGUGAAUUUGCUGGUUUGACGGAUGGAUUUUAUAGCUGCCGGUGUCACCAUUUAUCCGUUUUUUCCAUAUAUCUGGCGCAUUAUCCAGUAGUUACUUCUAACACGAAACCUACAUUUAGCAUAAUAGUUUAUGUGGGUGGUGCAAUCUCAUUUCUCAUCUUAAGUUUUGCUGUUGUUCUUUUCACAAUAUCAAAGAUGUUUCGUGAGACACACGACCAUUUCGUUCUACUCAAUGUGGCCCUCAGCUUUCUUAUCUCCGUUGGUCUUAUUACAUUCAGCGACCUCUUGCACUCCCUGUGCAGAGUACUCUCAUUGCUGCUCCUUUACACGAUUUUCGUUACAAUGCAGUGGUUAAUAAGUUACGCAAUUCUUUUCAAAAUGAAGUUUACCAAGAAGCGAUGUGUUAGUGAAAUGCCCUCAUGGAAGAAUUUGAUCAAAUGGAGCAUAAUUCCUUUGGUGUUACCAAUUUUUAUCGUCUACCUAAUUUGGCCAACGAAGUAUUAUGACCCAUUCAAAGGAAGUUGCUUGUCGCUGUUAACAGCUGUCUCUCAAACAUCAAUGAUUGCCUUAUCCUUUGAUAUGUUCUUUUCACUUUGUAUGUAUGCAUCGGCUGCACAUUCAUGGUAUAAAAAAGCAAAGGUCUUCAUGGAUGCGGAAACUGAAGAGUUAGCUAGGAAAUUUAGAAUAAUUUUCGCUGUCAAUGUACUCUAUUUUUUAUCCUGGCUGUGUGCUUUCUUUGCAUUGCAGACACGCUCUCGAACUCUGACCACAUUCUUCGCCUUCUACGUUGCGCUGACAUCGUGUGCCAUUGCAUAUCUUUUUGUUAUCGAGAAGUUUUCACUGUCGGACUUCUAUCAAAAGAGCAAGAAAAAAAUAUUGCGAAAAGAAACCGUAAAAUACACCAAGAGUUUCGAAUGCGCAGAUGAUGAAGGAUUUGUUGAAAUGUACAUUUAGACCAUUUAUUAAGCGUUGAAAAUGAUUUAUCAAGAAGUAUUUGACACUUUUGUGUUAUAUUUUUGAUCUGAAAUACGAGAAAUAAAGUAUUUUGAA